AUGCUACGCGUCGACGACCUCUUGAACCCCAUCGAUGAUCCGGAGCAGCCGGAGCAACCAGGUCAAUCAGACCAGCCGGACCAGCCUGAUGAACCAGGCCAGCCAGGACCGUCAAACCAGGAAGACAAACCUGUUAAAUGCACGAGAUGUCCUCGUAAUGCCGUCGAGGGGAAAGCGUAUUGUCAAUUAUGCGCCGACUCUAAUAAGCGUUCCAACAAGAACACAAGAGAAAAAUACAAAGAAGAAGGGAAAUGUAGUCAAUGUCCAGAGAAACUGGACAGAGACGGAACUAGGUGCAAAAAAUGCAACGAUAAAGAGAACAAAAGAGCUAGGGAAAAGCGGAAGGAGAAGAAGUAG